AUGACUGAAGCGUCUAAUGAUUUUCCGUGUGUUUUUUCCUGCAGUAUUCUGUUUGCGGAUAUCGUGGGCUUCACGAGUCUGGCGUCGCAGUGCACUGCGCAGGAGCUCGUUAAACUCCUCAACGAGCUCUUCGGCAAGUUUGACGAGCUCGCCACGGAGAAUCACUGCCGGCGGAUCAAGAUUCUGGGCGACUGCUACUACUGUGUGUCUGGCCUGACGCAGCCCAAGACGGAUCACGCUCACUGCUGCGUGGAGAUGGGUCUGGACAUGAUCGACACCAUCACGUCGGUGGCUGAAGCUACAGAGGUGGAUCUGAACAUGCGUGUGGGUCUGCACACGGGACGGGUGCUCUGUGGCGUGUUGGGCCUCAGAAAGUGGCAGUAUGAUGUGUGGUCCAACGACGUGACGCUGGCCAACGUGAUGGAGGCUGGAGGACUGCCGGGGAAGGUGCACAUCACUCGCGCCACGCUGGACUGUCUAAAUGGAAAUUACGAGGUGGAGCCGGGAAACGGGCGCGAGAGACACUCGUUCCUGCUCAAACAUGACAUCGAGACCUUCUUCAUAGUGCCAUCUCACCGCAGGAAGAAACAAAGUGCAGAUGUGCGUACGAAUAUUAUUCCUGGUUUGAUCCUGUCAGACAUCAAACCUGCCAAAAAGAUGAAGUUUAAGACGGUGUGUUACUUGCUGGUGCAGCUCAUGCACUGCCGCAAGAUGUUCAAGGCUGAGAUUCCCUUCUCCAACGUCAUGAACUGUGAGGAUGGGGACAAGAGGAGGGUGCUGCGCUCGGCUCCGGAGAAGCUGAGGAACCGUACCUCCACGGCGGCUAACGUGACCCAGAGCAGCCCGGGGACACGGGUCAACCGCUACAUCAGCCGUCUGAUCGAGGCCCGGCAGACGGAGUCCGACACGGCCGACCUGCACUACCUCACGCUCACCUACAGAGACUCGGAGCGAGAGCGCAGGUAUCAUCAGCUGAAUGACGAGUACUUCACCGGCGCUGUGCUUCUGUCUCUCGUCCUCACGGCUCUGAUCGCAAUCCUCUACCUGCUCAUCAUUCCACAGGGGACGCUUGUGUUGGUGUUGCUGGUCUUCUGCAUCUGUUUCCUGGUCGUGUGCAUCAUGUACCUGCACAUCUCUAGAGUUCAGUGUUUUCCAGGGUGCCUCAGCAUACAGAUCCGGACCGUCCUGUGUGUGUUCAUAGUGCUCUUAAUAUACGCCGUGGCCCAGGCCUGUGUGGUGGGCUGCAUGCCGUGGCUCUGGCCGACUGACUCCACGCGCUCCAUCGUGAUCAUCGACGUGUCCACAGGCCUGAACCGCACCAUGGCUGAGCUGCCGUGUGAAGGAGCGCAGUACGCCUUUCUGUGCUGCAUGCUGGGGACGCUGACCGUGGCGCUGUUCCUGCGAGUGUCCUGGCUGUCCAAACUCCUGCUGCUGCUGCUGCUGCUGGUGCUGUACAUCACCGUGCUGGAGCUCAGCGGAUUCAGACGCUCCUCGGGGACGGUGUUGAUGAGCGCUCGCGGUCUGGAGCCCGUCCUCUCUCUGCUGAUGUUCUUCACCACUCUGGCCCUUCACUCCAGACAGAUGGAGCUCAAGCUGCGCCUGGACUUCCUCUGGGCCACUCAGGUACAGCAGCGCAUCACACACUCCUGACACUGCAGUCACAAAAACAUAAAACAACAGCAACAACCUCCCACCGCUGCCAUCCAUUCAUUCUCAGCACCGCGCAUCCUCUGUAGGGUCGCUGGGACAUUAAAAUGU